GCCAAUUUGAAGUACAGUAUAUAAAUACAAAUAAUUGUUCUGGUAUUUUUGUUAGCUUUGAUAUGAAGCCUACUAUUCCAACAGCUGUUUUAUCCAAAGACAAAAAAUGCAACCAAAUUUGUUGUUUAUAUUUUUGCUCUUCGCCACACAAGCCCAGGCGGAGCUCUCUGGUUUGCUGAGUGCCCUCCACUACUUUGGGCUCUACUCCAAUGGAACCUCCGACCUAGGAAUAUCAAAGGGCCAAUGUCACUAUAGUUUCGAGACAUUCGCCCUGCUGGAGGAGCGGCGAACAUGUUCCCCGGAUGACAAGUACAUCCUGCAUCUGACCCAGUUGCCACCGGUGCGGAAGCCACCCAUUCUGAUUAAGUGCCUGCAACAGGAACCUCCCGAGAAUAAUGGGUCUGCGCCAGAGCCUGGUUUGCUGAUUAUGCGCAGCGCAAAGGAGAUUGUGAGCCUGCUAAAGCCCAUCGGCAAUGCCACCAAGCGCCACGAGCCAGGCAGCUGUGUGGUGGUCCACUUUUGCACCGCCUCUAGUUUGGAAUGCGCUCGGGUGGCGCCAUUAAUAAAUUUGCUGCCCCAUCUGUUCCCCACGCUGCCUAUCGCAUACGUGGAUGCCUACGAAUUUGGGCGCUUUAAUGCAGAGUUUGGCAUCGUGUCGCUGCCCACGCUAAUGAUCUUUCACCAAGGAAGGCCACUCAUUAAGUACGAUCCCUGGGGGACAGAUUCGGAAAAGCGCAGCUUUGGAUGGUUCAUCAUGCGGCACACGAAUGUAAAACCCGUGGAUCCGCAGGUCACUAUUGAUCCGAAAAACGUCUAUCCCUAUUUGUCUAAUGUGCCGCUCGUGGAAACCGACUACUACUUGGGCCUGGCGUGGGCCUUUAUCCUGGCCUGUUUGGCCAACUACCUGCGACAGACUGUCUUCUGGAAACAGCUGGUCGAGAUGGUGCAGCGCAACUGGCGGGAAUCGGAAGAGACGCAGAUGGAGAUGGUGGAUUAGUCAGUUAGUUAAAUGUAGCUCCAUUUAAGUUUGAUUGAAAAAAGUACGCAGGGGGUUCACUAAUGUAAUGCAAUUACCGUUUAAUUAAAUUCACAUCAACAUUUACUUAA